CUAUAUAUUCUCUAACCAAAUUCGAAAAAAAAAAUUGGAAGAUAAAAAUUGGAAUUCUACAAGACAAAUGAAACAAGUUGUGUUGAAUCUUGAUAGCUUUCUUGAGUAUUAGAUGAAUCAACCAACCAAAGAAACCCCACACCAUUUCCCUUCCUUUAUUCUUUUGACAACUCUUUAUUUUCCAUCUUCUCAUUCUUGCAACCUUAGCUUUCCCUUUGUCUUUGUUUACUUGACAAAACUGACAAAAACCAACCUCUUCUCUUCUACCCUCUUUCUCUUUCUUCUUUUCAACCGCAUAGUAACCGUCCGAUUCAUCCAUCAUCAUAACCCCAAUCCAAGAGAAGCUAUUCCAAAUGGACCCUUUACCAAUGUCCUAAACAUUGGGCAUUUACCCCCAAUUCUCAUAUGAUACUUUGAACUCCUCUCAUUUCACUUGAGAGGGGAGUUUGUUCAAAUUGAAGUGCAUAUUCUUAAUGUUGGGGAAAGAGAGGGACUUUCCAAAUAAUUGCCUCGGGUACUAGCGGAUUUCUGUAUUAGGUUUGUGGAGUUAAGUCCGUCCAUGGUUUGAAUCCGAGAGACUUCAUUAGUUUGCUUUGGGAGAUAUUUUUCUGACUGUAGCAAUUUCGUUACUGCAAGGGAUAUAUGUGCAUCAUGCAGAUCCUAUAGCAAACUUAUUUCCAGUUGUCCUUAGGUUAUGCUGGCCUCUGACUCAGAAGAACCUACACUUGAGCCUUGGGUUGGUGCGAUUCCCAAUGCAAAGGCCUGUCCACUUAGCAUUUAAGAUGAGCAAUGCUUCAUUGUCCCGAGAGAAUGUGAAAGCCGACAACCAAUGUGGAAUAAGCAGGAAACUGACGUAGUUACCAAAAUUGUGGCGCCUUUUUGAAGAUAUUCUAUUGUUUUGUAGUUGAUAGUGUUGCUCUUGUAGAAUUUUCCGUCUCGUCUUUAUGCUAUAAGACGUAGAUCCUUGUUUAAAUGUUCCAUUGUUGAUAAAAGAAUAAGUUGAAGUAUAUUUAUGCUAUUGGAGAUCUAUAUACUUCGUUUUCGUGUAAUUUUCUUUGGCAUUUUCUCCUUACUAUUUCCUUAUAUCUUCUAUUGAUAGUGAUGUAAGUAGAUUCCUUUUAGACUUAUGUGCUGUUUAUAAUCUAAAAGUAUAAUAAUACUAUAGAUUAGUUGUCGUUUUAUAUUUGAUGCUUACUCUUUUCUGGAAAGGAAAUGAAAAAAAGGUUGAACUUUUGUAAUGAUUGGUUUAAUAUUUUUGAUUAUGUAUUGAUGUAUCAUGACCUCUUUUUAGGACCAAGAAUUGAUGAGAUUUUCCUUACAUUUUUUUGUGCAUUUAAAUGAUGCUAGUAAUAGUAAGAUUGUGCAUCCUUAGUACGCUUUUCUUUAUUUUAUGUUUUAGGUCUUGUUUGAGUGAUUAUGCAAAGAAAGAAGUGUAUAUCAUGGACGUUUGUGUUAAUGUUAGGAAGACAUGAGAGAGGACAUGUAUUUUUAGGACAUGUUAUUUUGGCUACCUUAUCGGUGUUGAUAAUGUCUCUAUUGACAUGGAUCUCGAUAUGGAAUAUGGUUUAUAGGCUUCCUUGUGCACUGGAUGUGGUCACAUCUUGGAUGAAAGAGCAAUUAAUAGAGGGGGGAUUGAUUUCUUCACUCGAUCCACUUACAAUUGCUUUAUCGAUGUAGAAGAUCAUCUGCUCCAAGUGAACAGGCGUUGAACAUUUUUAAAAUCUAGUCUUAAGGUGAUGUGCAACAAAAUUUAUAUUCGGGUGGAAUCAAGUGAGAUAAUGUUUCUUUAGUCGUUAUAAUCGAGUAGGGUUUGAUAAAAUACGUAAUUGCUUAUACAAAAGUUCAAUUCAACUCGAACACUGUAAAUAUUGAUAACAUUUGAGUGUCAUAGAUUUGUUUCUUGCAGCUAGUUUGAAUGUGCAGGAGCCUGAGCAUUGCUUCAGAGUCGGCUCUAAUUUGUUUGCGCAUCUGGAUGUGAUUAUGGCACACAGACACGUAUAUAAUACAUCGCAGAUUUUUGAUGCGGAGCCUGAUCAACACUGGGAUCCUGUUCAUGCUGAAGAUCCGUACCUUCACUUUGCCAGAACCAGUUCUUCGGAGAGUGUCCCUACAUUUCGUUCUUUGGAAAAUGGACCAGCGGAUCGAGCUCAUUAUGUUUCUCCAUGGAAUACUGCAAGAUUGAAUGUGUACCCUUUGUCAGGCCAGAUGGUCAAUGCACCACAUUAUCAACCAGAAACUUCUGAUCUUUCUUGUGAUUCUAUACAUCCAUCUGCUACUGGAAAUGUCUUUAUGAUUCCAGAAAAUCAUGUUCACCAUCCACCCGCAAACUAUGGAGUUGAAUGCAAUUUCUUCGAUCUUACAAUGGGAAAUGGAAUGGGUCCAUACAAAAGGAAAAGCCCCGGGAUCCCUGCUAUCACUGAGAGGGGCAGCUCUAGCAGAUACUAUUGUACCGGUAGUUCAUCGAAUGUCUCCUCAUCAUCAGAUCCCCGGCAGGAAAAAACAACAUUGGAUACUCAAAAUAAUCAUUGGGAGGCUAUGGCUAUUCCUACCAGUUAUCGAGCCAAUCAACUGCCUAUUGGAGGUGAAACUUCCCUGAGGAAUGUGAGAAGUCGAUCCGCAUUAGACUUGGAAUCUGAUGUCUUUAGGCCUCAUCUCCAAGCAAAUCAUCCACUCCGUGAUAGUUCGAGCAGACUUCUAGUUGAUCAUUCUGAAACAGUUGAUACGAAUCAAAAUUCUAGUGUUCCUUUGCCGGAAUGGGCGCCUAUCCAUGUGCCCAACGCUCCUAUCGGUAGGACUGUAGUCUCGAGUAGCUUAAAUCAUGAGAGUAAUCACUUUUUUGCUGGAAGCAGCAUGGCGAAUUCUUCUGGAGAAUUUGCCAACAGAAAUUCUCUUACCCAAAAUUUGCAUCCUACUCCGUCCCAUACGAGGGGUGUUCGUAGUAGCUAUUCUCACAGAUCCGCUCCUAAUGGUAGAAUUGGAAUGGGCAAUUUACGUAUGACCCAUGUGGUUCCGUCUGAUGACAGCCUUCAAUUACUGGGAGAGAAUCAUCCCACAAGACAUCCAAGACCAUUUGGUCCCCUAGGAUGGCGCAAUGGUGACAGGAGUGGUAGAUCUAGGUUGUCCUCGGAGAGAUACCGUUUGCUUUCUGAAGAUGCUGGUGCACAUAAUCGAUUGACACCUGAGGGUCUGAUGAUUAUCGACCGUUCUCUAUAUGGUUCAAGGAACUUUUUGGAUCAACAUCGAGAUAUGAGGCUAGACGUUGACAACAUGAGUUAUGAGGAACUACUUGCUCUUGGAGAAAGAAUCGGAAGUGUAAACGUUGGGUUGCGUGAAAACGAGUUGCCCAAAUGUCUGACAGAGACAGUAUACUGUUCAUCAGAUCAGGCUCAGGAAGAAGGAAGAUGUGUAAUAUGUCUGGAGGAAUACAAGCAUAUGGAUGAUGUCGGAACGCUUAAAGCUUGUGGUCACGAUUAUCAUGUCGGCUGCAUCAAAAAAUGGUUAUCAAUGAAGAAUAUAUGUCCAAUCUGCAAAGGCUCAGCCUUGCCAGAUAGUGUAAAGGAGACAUGAGCUGAAGCUGCAUAAUCCUACUUAUGUUGUAAUCCAUUCUUUGUAAAUAUGUCGCUCACACAUGUAAAACUACUACUUUCCUCAAUGAUGGAAUCUCAUUUAGGUUUUUUAUUUGAUCAAAAACAAAUGACACUAGUUUUUAAGUGUUUGCCAAUGUUAAUUUGUUUUUCUUAUUAA